AUGACUCCAUCGCCUAUUGUUGCUUCUGGAGCUGAGCUUAUUGCGACCUGUUUAAAAAACCAAGGUGUUCAAGUAGUCUUUGGAAUUGUGGGUAUACCUGUAGUUGAAGUAGCUGAAGCCUGUACUGCUGCAGGUAUACGAUUUAUCGGGUUCCGUAACGAGCAGUCUGCGGCCUACGCGGCUUCUGCGUACGGCUAUUUGAGUGGACGACCUGGUGUGUGCCUUAGCGUGGGUGGACCCGGUGUGGUUCAUGCACUGGCCGGCCUGCUGAAUUCCAAAAUUAACUGCUGGCCACUUGUCCUGCUCUCUGGCUCGUCUGAAACGGAGCAAGCCGAUAAGGGAGCCUUUCAGGAGCUAGACCAAGUCGAAACGUGUCGACCUUAUUGUAAAUACGCAGCACGCCCGGCUAGUCUUGAGCAGGUACCGUUUGUGAUAGAAAAGGCGUUUAGAACUGCCUUGUACGGACGACCAGGAGCAUGUUAUGUAGACUUGCCAGCCGAUUUCAUUCAAUACCCUAUUCGUAACAAACAAGUGAUGGAAAGCAUCCAGGUGCCUCAGGUGCCUCAGUCGCCUCGGUCUGCUGCUAGUCCAACUGAUCUUCAUCAAGCCGUAACGCUGUUGAAGCAGGCUAAACGUCCAUUGAUUGUCAUUGGCAAAGGUGCAUCAUAUGCUCGUGCAGAAAAACAAGUGUCUGAGCUGAUCGAAAAGUCUCAAUGUCCCUUUUUACCUACACCCAUGGGCAAGGGCGUCGUGUCUGACAGCCAUCCUCUCUGUGUAUCGGCUGCACGAUCCAAGGCCUUAAAGGAAGCUGAUGUCGUGCUUCUUAUUGGUGCUCGCCUCAACUGGAUCCUCCAUUACGGCCAACCACCACGAUGGGACAGUCGUGUUCGAUUCAUUCAGAUUGAUAUCUCACCUGAAGAAAUAGGAAACAACAAGCAUGACACUCUACCACUUGUUGGGGAUAUCCAAGUCGUAGUUCACCAGCUGACAAACGCCCUGAGCACCAUGAAGAUAGACUCAACCUAUGUCUCGGGCUUACAGGAAAAAGUAAAACAAAACAUGGCCAAGACAAGAGAGGCGGGCCAUAAAGGAUCUGAUAGGGACAUACUCAAUUAUCAGACCGCUUUCCAAGCCAUCAAGGAACUCUUGCCCGAGAAUGACAUCGUGUACGUCAGCGAGGGAGCGAACACGAUGGAUAUUGGUCGGUCGUUCUUUGACGUUCAUCAGCCGAGACACCGUCUGGAUGCAGGUACGGGUGCAACCAUGGGCGUAGGUAUGGGAUACGCUAUUGCUGCACGAUCCUAUUACGGGACGUCCAAACGCAUCGUCUCGAUUGUGGGCGACUCAGCCUUUGGAUUUUCCGCUAUGGAACUAGAGACCGCUGUUCGAUCCAAUUUGCCCUUGCUUAUCAUUGUGAUUAACAAUAAUGGUAUCUACCAUGGUCUGGACAACAACGAGUACCAAGCAUCACAACAAGAGGGCACACUUCCGACCACAGCCUUAUCACCCGAGACACGAUACGAUCUGAUCUCAGAGGCCUGUGGGGGCCGAGGUUGGCUCGCCAAGGAUCGUGCCGAGUUAAAGAGAGCAGUCAAUGAAGCACUCGAUACAAAGAACCAAACCUGCGUGAUCAAUGUUAUGAUUGCCCCAGGUGGUAGAACAAAGUUGAGCUUUAACUGGAUGCAAAAGGUAGAAAAGCCAAAGCUAUAA